AUGCCUAAUUUCCUCAAUGUGUUUCAAUAAGCUAUUGACAUUUAUACUAGCAAUUUUUAGGCCUUUUAAUCUAGCGACGCAAUGCAAUGCAGAAUCAAACUCACCCAUUGUUGGACCACGGCAUGCUUUACCUGAAUUGUCAUUCCCAACAUCUAACGGCGAGGUUUCUUGUAUAGUGGAAUUGUCGUUGGUUAGGUUGUUAGCUGGGUUAGUAGUUGUCCCAGCUGAUGUAUUGGGUUUAAAAAACCCAUUUGCAGCUUCGCUCGUUUUCCCAAUGGCCUAAUAAAUUUUAUAAAAUUAUUGGCUAAAUAAGCCGAUCCCUUUGCGUUCAAAUGUAGUUUGCUGCCGUUGAGGCAUGUUCCAUCAAUACGCGAAUUGUCAAUAAAAACAAAGUCAUCAUUGUUAGCCAUCUCCUUUAACUUUCCAUUGACUGCAGAUAACUUUGCCGACACAUUGAUAUCAUCUCUAUGUAUAAUGCUGGAGAUGCCAAUCUUUGAAUUUUGAAAUUUUCUGCGAGUCUUCAAAGCCAGCUUUUGUAUUUUUCGAACACAUGAGUCUACGCUUUCGGAUGAUAGAUUAUUUGUACCUACAUGAGUGGUCACUCUCGCUGAAGUCAUUAAUAAAGUAAUGGAGUUACAACAUAUUGAUGAACAGGUGAAUUAUACAUGCAGAUAUCAAUAACCAAAAAGAUGGAAUGACCAACAAAGGUUGAAGAAAGUGCAUAUAUGUGGAUAUUGUAGAGGCAAGGAAGUCCAUAACAGACGAACCUGUCCAGCUGGCAAGCCUGGAGUGUAUUGCCGAAAUUGUUAUGGGGCAAAUCACUUUGCAAUAUAUUGUCUGUCGAAGUCCUAAUCAUUUUAAAAGACAGUGGCUUGGUAAAACUCGGAAUGAAAAGCAAGUAAAAGGACAAGUUCAUGCUUUAGAUAACUCCUCUGAUACUGAUGAAGGUGAGCAGUUAACCUAUUUUGCACUGUCAUUAGACACCCAGUGUGAAUCUAUUUAUGAUGUAUCAGGAAAAUCCCCAAAGAAAUUGUUUACUUCUCUAUCAUUGUACGAUAAGAGUAACAAGUUUAAACGUGUUCCUUUUCAAGUUCAUACUGCAGCAACAUGUAACACAGUGCCACUUGAUAUGUACUUAAAAUUUGGUUCUGUAAAUGCCUUGAAGCCCGCAAGGUCAACAUUAUUUUCGUACUGUGGCAAUCCCAUUAAGCCAUUAGGAACAGUUACUUUGUUAUGUAAAGCACCAAAGAAAUUUGAAUUCAUUACAUUUCAAGUUGUUGAUAAUAUGGAUAUAAAAAUAAGCCAGCUUUGCUUGGUGCUGCAGACUCCAUCAAGCUAGAACUUAUCAAGUAUGAUAAAUCCAGAGUUCAUAUGAGUAGCCAAAAUAAAACGGCUGUAGCCACUGAUAUUGGCUGUUCUGUAAACAAUGAUGACAACUGUUUCAUGUCCUCUGACUCGAACGGAAAUUUUGCCAAAGAUGAAUUUGUGGCAAAUUAUUCUGAAUCCUUUUCUGGCCUUGGGAAUUUGGGGAAGCCUGUUUUAUUUGAACUUGAUCCUAAAGUUCCCCCUGUGCAUGCAAAGCCAUUGUUAGACCUAAAUACACAAUCCCAACUUUACAAGAACUUCUGCCUAAACUAAACCCAAAAACAUAUAAAUGUUUUACUAUAGUUGACGCACUAGACGGUUUCACCCAAGUACAACUGGAUGAAAAGUCAAGUUUCACAACCACAAUGCAAACCCCUUAGGGACGCUAUAGGUGGCUUCGUUUGUCUUAUGAUAUAUUUUCUGCACCAGAAGAAUUCCAACAACGAAUACAUGAAGCAUUAGAUGGUUUAGAAGGGGUUUUCAACAUCGCAGACGAUGUUCUGAUAUAUGGUCUUGGGAGUUCUCCAGAAGAAGCUGAGGCUGCUCAUGAUAAACACCUCAAUUAUUUUAUGAAGAGAGUUUUACAAAGGAACCUGAAGCUUAAUCCUAGCAAAGUUCAGUUUAAGCUGAGAAAAAUUAGAUUUAUGGGUCAUGUUAUAACAGAAGAUGGUGUUUUACCCGACCAAGGUAAAGUGGAAUCUAUUAUUGAGAUGCCUAUUCCUAACGAUAAACGCUCAGUUCAGAGGUUUCUUGGCAUGGUCAAUUAUUUGCAUACUUUUUGUCCCGCAUUUCAGAUGUAGUUCAUUCUUUGCAGAAUUUGAUCAAAUCUGACAUACAAUUUGUAUGGUCAAGAAGUACACGAGAAGGCAUUUAAAAAAGCUAAGGAAUUGACUGCAAAUGCACCUUGUCUGGCGUACUUUGAUCCCAGUAAACUUGUGCUUCAAGUUGAUGCGUCGGAAACUAGUCUUGGUGGAGCAAUGCUUUAACCCACAGUUCAAGGCAAGCUUCAAACAGUGGCGUUUACCUCGUCCACCAUGCGUCCAAAUGAAAUUAUGUUGGCACAAAUAAAGAAAGAAACUCUAGCCAUCUGUGCUGCGUGUGAAAAGUGGGAUUUGUGGUUAUGGUAAACAAAUAACAGUCCACACAGAUCAUCAGUCCCUCGAGACAAUAUUUAAAAAAAAACACUUUCCAAAACGGCAAGGAGACUGCAGCGAUUGAUGAUGAGAUUACAGAGAUACAGCAUUAACGUAGUUUAUAAUAAAGGAUCUAGUUUAGUGUUGGCAAAUACGUUGUCUAAAGCACCACUCUCUAGUGUAGACAAUAGAAAACAGAACAAUUUUGAUGUGUUUAGACUGGAAGUUGAACGAUUUGAUGCCUUAGCAAAUCCACAGCUUCUACCAAAGACGACCAUAAGUCUUCAGGCUGCAACAGCGAAAGAUCCCGAUUUAGCUCAGCUGUUGAAGGUGAUUUUGUCAGAGUGGCCCCAUAUAAAGUCUCCCCUCCCAAGCUGUGUUAAGCCAUACUUGUGUUUUCGUGAUGAAAUGUCUGUUCACAAUGGUGUAAUUUAUCGUGGUAUUCAAGCUGUUAUCCCAAAGUCUUUGCGCAAAGAGAUGCUGACAAAGAUUCACACAUCGCAUGCAAGCCCAGAAAGUAACAUACGAAUGGCGAAGGAUAUUGUUUACUGGCCUGAAAUGCAACCUGAAAUUAAAGAUAUGUGUCAAAGUUGUGGAUAAUGUGCUCCAAUUUGGAAGAGAAAAUACAAGAGAGCCCAUGAAGUCACAACCUAUCCCACAAUAUCCGUGGCAAUUUGUAAGUCAGAAUAUAUUUCAGUUUGAAUCAACUAGUUAUCUGGUUACAGUUGAUCAUUAUUCUGACUUUAUUGAACUUGACGAGUUGGAUAACACAUUAUCAUCAAUCGUUAUUAAACACUCACAUUUUGCUCGUCAUGGUAUCCCGGAGGUGUUUCUUUCAGACAAUGGACCGCAAUAUGUUAGUACGGAAUUUGCUGCGUUUUGUGACCUUUAUGGAAUAACACAUAUAACAUCGUCACCAUAUUGGCCAAGCGAUAAUGGAAAGGCGGAAUCGGCAGUAAAGAUAGUGAAAACGUUUAUGAAAAAAUGUGCUGACCUCCAAUUGGCUCUUCUUACUUAUAGAAACACCCCACAGGAGGGACAUUCACCAAGUCCAGCACAGAGGAGUAUGGGUUGCAGGACUAGAUGCUUGGGCCUGAUAAAGUUGUGUCAAAGUUGGUACAGUCAGAAAUCAGUCUUAAAAGAGGGAAGGCGAAGAAGUUUUAUGACAGGAAGGCUGGGAAUGAACAUCCGAAUGUACCAAUUAAAAACUAUGUCUACAGAAAGCCAUGCCCUCGUAAUAGAUCACUUCCAUGGCAGUACGGUCAAGUCGUGAGGAAGCCCACGUCAAGGCCAUAUGUAAUAAGUACUUCAAAUGGUACUGUGCGAAGAAAUCGAGCACAAAUACGCCAAGCUGCGCUUCCUUCACCUCAGGUGAAAAUGAAUGAUGAUAUCAAGCUCAAGAUGAAGAUGCUAGAAGAUCCAGGUAAUCUUCAAUUGUCGAACAGUCAGUCUGCAGCCCCUGAGACGCAAGGGCAGUCACAAGUACUUAGUAAAGAACCGACUUCUUCUAAUAAGGAGUUCAAUUUUUCAGGUGAUGAUUAUAAUGAAUGAUCUAGCUGGGGUACAUUGUAUAAAACAAGAUUUGGAAGAGUAGUUAGAUCACCUAAGAUCUUUGAUCCUUCAGGUUAAUUUAUUGGAGCUUUGAUAGGAUAAUUAUUUAAGUUAAACAUUUUUGUUAAAGACGAAAAAACAUUAAAAAAAAUAAUACAAGAGACAAAGAAGCUUUGUAAACAGGGGGGAUGUUACUGUGUACUUAUAGGGAUAGCAUAAGUGAUAAUGGACAAUUAGGGAUAAGGUUAACAAGAUGGCGGCCGUGUAAUAUAAAAACUUGUAUUUUAGGAUUUUGUGUUAUUAGUUAAUAAAGUCAGCUAUAGUAACUCAAUUAGCCUACUACCCCUACCUGUCAAUGGGCACACAAGUGCCUCUCUUGUCCAAUUGGUUGUCAUUUUUCCAGUUAUGGGAUCCACACAGCAACAGAAACCAGUGGAUGCCCAGCACUGCUUAGGAGCAAAAUUACCAUUUUUUUGA